AUGGCGAUUAUAAUCUCAGGUGCCUCCGACAAAGAUGCUUCUGGGUUUAAAAUCUUGGUCAACUUGGUGGUCUCUACAAUAAUCUGUAUCCUUGGCACCAUUGGGAAUGGUUUCAUCACCUUCAUCCUCGGGGCUGAAUGGGUCAGGAACAGGAGACUCCCCAGUGGUGACUACCUGAUGUGGAUGCUAAGUUUAUCCAGGCUCCUGCUCCAGAUUUGGCUAAUGUUGGACACUAUUUAUAGUCACUUAUUCCGAGUCAUUUAUAACCAAAAAUUGGUGUAUCUAUCCUUCAGUGUCACCACUGUAUUUCUGAACUAUUGUAACCUGUGGUUUGCUUCCUGGCUCAAGGUCUUCUAUUGUCUUAAAAUUGUCAAUAUUACUCAUCCCUUGUUCCUUAUGAUGAAGAGGAAAAUGAUAGGGCUGGUGCCUCAGCUCCUGUGUUUGUCAGUACUGUUCUCCCUCAUGUUGAGCUCUGGCUUCUUCCAAGACAUCUUCAAUGCGUAUGUGAACAGUUCCAUCCCCAUCCCUUCCUCCAACUCCACUGAGGAGAAGUACAUCUGUGAGACCAAUUUGGUCAGCUUUGCUUAUUUGUAUUACACAGGGCUUUUCAUUCCUCUGAUCAUGUUCGUCAUGGCAGCCACUCUGCUCAUUGUCUCUCUGAAGAAGCACACCUCGCACAUGAAAACCAGUGCCACCGGCUCCAGGGACGCCAGCAUGGAGGCUCACUUGGGGGCCAUCAAAUCAACCAGCUACUCUCUCAUUUUCUAUAUCAUCAAUGCGGCGGCUGUAUUUAUUUCUAUGUCAGGCAUGUUUGAUAUCUACAGUCUCUGGAAUUCCCUGUGCAACUUGAUCAUAACUGGCUACUUGGCUGGCGAAUCUGUACAUUUGAUCUUGACAAACCCAGGGCUAAUAAGAGCCUGGAAGCGGUUUCAACACCAAGUUCAUGUUUACUUAAAAGGAAAGAUGGGGUGA